AUGCCUCGCGAAAAAGGUGUCGACCUUUUAACAGUAACUUACGUUACGACUAGAAAUCCAGCUAAACAAACCAUUCUAUUGCAAAAGAACGCUAAUUUAUUUCUAACGCAGAACUGUUUACGAGUAAGUCGACUUGGUUUGCAUGCAAAAAAAAGCAAAAUCAAAAAGGGCUCAGAACGCGAAGCCACGAACAUCGACCCGGUUUUCAAAGUGUAUCACGACUGCGAUGAUGGAAUUAAGCCUGGUCAUCGUAAAGUGAAGUUCCGCAUUCCAAGCUCAUACAUCACGAACGGAAAGAUCCCGAAACGCAUUUUUGAUAUUGGCGUACUCAACCUUGAAACCAUUUUUGCGAAAGAGGAGCGCGAGUUUCUAUGA